GUAACGACAUCAAUGCGCACCAGUUUACGAUAUAAUGUAUGUACAUAUCUACAAUGGUAUACCAUUCGCCAUAGAACUUGCGGAGAUUCGUCGAAGUACUCGAUGAAAUUUAGAUGUUCCAAGGAUCCCUGUGCUUCUUAGGAAGUCUGCACUACAUAACAAAUGACAAAUGGAUGAAAUUAAACUUCAUAAAUUCAUUUUUGCUUCCAUUUUAUGAUCGGAUGAUCAAGCUAAGUUUCAUUUGUCUAUGUAGGAAUACUCAUUGCUGUCAAGAUGAACAUCAACACAAUAAGCACUACAGAUCUCUUUUACCUAUUAGAAUCUAAUAAACUAGGGGAGGUAGAAGAAAUAAAAAAAGUAUUCCAUGAACUUUUUCUGAGUACAAAAGACAAUUGGUUGGUAAAUGGACUUUUUGACUAUUACUUGUCAACAAAUUCUCUAAGGGCUGUCGAGGUAUUAGCCAGUGUUCGAGAUCCACAUGACAAACAUCUCUUAGAUCGUUUAUCAGAAGCUCUUUCUAAACAAGGAAGUAGCAGCAGCCAAAGAAUCCAGACUCUUACUUUGCUAGGUCAUAUUGCUCGUCGACAACCUACAUGGCUAUAUAAGCUUGCCAGUCAUGCAUUAUUUCGAGAUUUACUUAAGUUACUAAAAAUGGAAGCAGAUACACUAUCUCUCAUGAGCGCGCUUCUUCUCUUAGUAAUGUUGUUACCAAUGUUACCUGCUGCUUUAGGGCCAUAUCUCUCAGAAAUUUUUGAGGUGUUUGGCCGGCUAGCAUCUUACUAUCAUCAGUCAUUGUCUUUGUUCUCUUCUCCUAUGCAUUUUACUACCACAACAGCAGGAACUAUUGAUAAAAAUCAUUUAUAUUUAUUACAUCUACAGGUUGGCCUAUAUAGUUUGUUUCACAGACUGUAUGCUAUGUAUCCAUGUAAUUUUAUUUCAUAUUUGAAACAACAAUAUAUUCAACGAGAUCAGUUUGCUACUUUUACACAUACAAUUAGACCAAUGUUGGAUUCAGUGCGUAUGCAUCCAUUACUUGUUACUGCAUCCAAAGAUACAGAGAUUUCUGCUGCAAGAUGGAAAAAAAUGGAACAUCACGAUAUUAUGGCAGAAUGCGGUCGUUUCACGUUAGACAAGUGUCGAGAAGAAGUAUUCAACAUUGUAAAUUCACGCUCUACGCCACCUUUAGAUCACUCUUCUACAUGUACUCCAAUAAACACUAGCGGAGGAUUACCACCAUCAGAAGUUACCAAUAGUGAAGAUGAGACUUUCUGGUCCCCAAGUAUGACAGUGCCACCUCAAAGUCCUCCGUUUCCAGCUACAACUCAUGAACAGCGAUCCGCUCCUUCAACACCCAAUAAUAAUAGAAGCGGCACAUCUCCACCAGAAGCUGCGGUCGAAGCUACACCCGAGACAACUCCCGUUAAGGAUAUACGGAAAGUACCAACAAGGCAAGGACAUGUGGGAUCAGCUGCGGUUCGUGCUUUAGGCACAUUUGGCAAUGGCACAGUGGGAUUAAAUUCUCGACCAUCGACACCGACUAGUUCCACAAUUGGGACUGGAGAUGGUAAUAAUGCACAGGGAUUCAUUUCGCACAAGAUAAGUAAAAUCAUUGCGGAUAGACAGGCUGUCAAGGAACAACAAAAAUCAUCUGCUAACCUGGAAGAGGAUGCAAGACUUGCAGAAAUAGAUACAAACCAAAACGGAAAAAAUGAUUCAUGGCAAGAAGAUCAAGAGGUUUUAGAAAUUGUAAGCUCACAGGCUGCUGGAAAACUAGAAUGUCCAAAAUAUUUAGAUCGACAACACCAUCACAAUGAAAAAAUUCAAAAUACUUUAGUUGAAGUAACAGAAAGGAUUUAUCAAUUACGUCUAUAUUCUCAAUAUCAAAUUCCGGGUCAACACUCAAUCUCUAGUUCUAUUUGCAAGGUUCGGAAGAGUAAAUCUUGCCCAAACAUGGAAGUCCAAAAACAAAUCUAUAACGAUAAAACAGAUUUAUUGAAAUCGAUAGGGGCGAAAACAAUGGAAGACACUGGAACUCAAACAUUUGAUCUACUUCCAUAUGAGUACUUGUUAUCAGGAAUUUUGGAUCAGAAGAAUCAAAUGAAUAUACAGAAACGUAACCAACAAAAUACCGAAAAUAGAUUAUCACCGACGGCGAUGCUUGAUCGAUACGUUGAAGCGUGCACACGAGCUAGUAAUAUUUCUGGUGAUAAAAUAAGAACUAUCGCCGUCAAGCAAAGACAAAGAAAAGAAACCGAUGGAGAAGAUGAAGUUGGAGAUGAAGAUGGCUUAGAUGUUGAAUGUGCAAGUCAAUUGCUACAACUAAUGCAAAUUCAAUUACAGUUUGAACGGCAGCGUAGAGAGGUUCAUGCUGAACGUAAUCGAAGACUUCUUGGCAAAUUGAGGGAUUCACGGGCGUUGGAAGAACAUAACUAUGCUUUGACCGACCGAUUAAAAUUAAUGGAGAAGGAAGUGGAAGGCUUGAAAGUAGAAUUGGAGAGUAACAAACGAGAAGCUUUACAGGCUGAGGAACGAUAUAAAGAAGCAUUGCAUCACUGGCAAACGAAGUGUGUAGAAGAAGAACGACAAAAUCAAAUUUUGAAGGAUCGUCUUGAAGCUAUAGAAGUUGAACUGAAAGACGAACAGAAGAAAAUAGCGGCAUGUGAACAACAAAUUCGUUCCACGGAUGCAUCUCUAUUCGAUGCGGGGCAUCGAUUACGAGUUGCUUUAAAAGCUGCAGACCGUAGCAAUGAAUUAGAACGUACUCUUGACACCGUGCAAAAAAAGUAUCUUUUGCUUGGAGAGGCACAGGCAAAGCUGCAAGAAACUACAGGAGGUUUGUCACCAUUGAGUAAACAAGAAGUAACACAAAUACAACGGUCAUACGCGGAAGAAUUGAACAACUUGCGGCGACAACUAGAAGCACGAACAUCUCUUGGAGAAGCCUUAAAAAUACGAUUGAAUGAAAUGGAGAGCAAGGAUGCACGAAAGGAAGCACAACUUGUAGAGUUGCAACGACUUUUACAAGAAACUAAGGAUCAACACGAGGCUGAGCUGGAAGCUGUUGAAUCGAAGUAUAAAGCACAAGCCGAGAUUAAUCUUCUUCUUGAAAGUCGUAUACUCGAACUUCAUGGUACAUUAGAGCCAGCAACUUCUAGUACCACUACUAUGAACAAUCUAGCUUCAUCAGCAUCGCCUAAAGAAAGGUCGCCUCCACUGUCAGCCAGUUUAGCUUCCUCCAGUGAAGGAAGUCUUGCCUUUAUUCAUUCAGGCACUGGGAUUAUAAUGAACGAUUGCUGUGACGCAGCAGGCGAAAUUCCUAAUCUCCAAGCAAUUGUUGAGCCUGUACCGAGCCAGCCUAUGUCACCAUCUCGGCAAAGCUAACAGAAGCGAAAUUCUACGGAUAAUUGACACUACGCAAAAACGACUAUUGAGUCCUUUCGCAUGCAGCUAUUCUGUUUCGCACGUGAGCAACUGUUAUCCAGUGCCGUGGUAUUAAAUCAGAAGAAAGUUUUUUGUAGCUUUUUAUCGACGUAUUUGCGAAACACAUAAAAAAAAUAUUCUUAUCGUGUGAUUUCAAUAAAUAAUUGAAACUACACUGGUAAUUAAUGAAAUUACUAGCAUGAUAUAAUUUCACUUAAAAAAAAACAAAAGAAGUGAAUUCACGAUGAAUAAAUGGUUGAGAUAUUUUGUGAGCAAUUUUCUAAGUUUCGACUGAAAUUAUACACUCCUCGCACUGCUUCCCCUUAACAUCUCUGUGUUAUGUUUUAUUUAUCGAUAUUUAGAAUAUCAUUUAUAUGGUAGAAGUUAAUUGUUAAUUAAAAGACAAAACACAACGAUUUUAUUGUAAAAAUGAUGAAUACAUAACGAACACGAUGAUAACGAGAAUACAUAAUACUGAAUAAUUAAUACUUUAUUUAAAAUACGGGAAAAGAAUCAAUCACAAUAUAUAAAGAAUUGAACUAUAAUCGUAGGAAAUGCUGCUAUGUCUGCUACGUGAGCCAUUGCAAAGUAAACCAGCUAAGUAUAUGUAUAAAAUUUUGAAAAAUUUAUAGUCUUUUACUAAUAAGUUUGCAAUUCGCGACUCAUUGUCAUAAGAAUUGCAUCAUCCGGAUUUGCAUAAUUUGCCAAAUCUGGAAAAGAUCAACAAAUAAAAGGAUAUUUUGCUUCAACUGAAA